CGCGAACUGAAUCCGACGUCACGGAGGGAGCAGGCAGGAGGCAGGAGCCGCUCGGGGGAAGAGUUCGGGACCUGUCGCACUUCUGUCCCCACGCAAAAUAAAUAAAUUUAAAAAAAACAUUUACCCGUUCCUGUUCACGAUGUCGGGGCUUGACAGCAACCCGUUCGCCGACCCGGUGGACGUGAACCCCUUCCAGGAUGCCUCAAUCACACAAGCUAUCAGCGGGGUCCAUGAAAGCACCGGAGAAUAUAACCCGUUCACCGCCAACGAAAUGGGAAAGUACACUGGGACAACCAUCCCAGUCUCUAAAGCCUCCUCAUCCCAACCUGCUGUACUUCCGACUUCUGUGGAACAAAGUCCACAAUCUGCUGUGCAUCAGGCUACGGCAGCGGCUGCUCAGGCUAAUCUGGUCAGGCAGCAGGAGGAGCUGGAGAGGAAAGCCGCAGAGCUGGAGCGAAAGGAGCAGGAGCUGCAGAACAGGAGCAGCAGGGACUCCAACCCAGGAACUAAAGAAAACAAUUGGCCACCUCUUCCAAGGUUCUUUCCCAUAAAGCCGUGCUUCUAUCAGAACUUUGAGGAGGAUAUCCCCGAAGACUACCGCAGAAUCUGCAAGAGAAUGUACUACCUCUGGAUGUUCCAUAGCGCCACCCUGUUCCUCAACAUCCUGGCUUGCCUGGCUUAUUUCACCGCUGAUGCUGCUAAAGGUGUGGACUUCGGUCUGUCCAUCCUGUGGUUCAUCCUCUUCACCCCUGUGUCUUUCGUCUGCUGGUACAGGCCGGUUUACAAAGCCUUCAGGUCUGACAGCUCCUUCAGCUUCUUUUUCUUCUUUUUUGUUUUCUUCUUCCAAGUGGCAGUGUACAUUAUCCAAUCAGUGGGCAUUCCCUCAUGGGGAAACAGUGGCUGGAUCUCAUCAAUUAGCAUGAUUCGUUCAAACUUGGCAGUUGCCGUGGUUAUGAUGGUAGUGGCUGGUUUUUUCACCGUCAACGCUAUUUUGGGUGUCAUCCUGCUGAAAAUAGUCCACUCCAAGUACAGAAAUACAGGCGCGAGCUUCUCCAAGGCUCAGCAGGAGUUUUCCCAGGGAGUCCUGAGCAACCGCACCGUCCAGAGCGCCGCCGCUAGUGCUGCCAGCUCUGCUGCCCAGGGGGCCUUCAGCAGUAACCCAGGGAAUUAAACUGCUCCAGAAAAAUACCUGGAGUACUUGGGCUAGUAUUUUCUAACUAGCAAGCCACGACUAAAUAGUACAAUUAGUUGUACGGAACAGACUGAUCAUUUUACAGAAAUUUGCCAAAAGAACAAUCAAAAACUCACAAAAUGGCAUUAUAACGUGUAUAAAUUCUGUAUCUCCAACACGGCUAAAACAAGAAUGUUGACGCAAGCGUGCCUUGAACAUGGCCUGGUAGUUUUGACAUUUGAGACUGCCUUUUAUCAGUGCGCAAUAUGUUGGAAUGUGUAACCAUCUGAAGGUGGUUUAAAACACAUUAGCCGAACCAAAAUGAGGCCUUAAGAACAAACCUGAUAUUAGUGUAUGGUUAUUAAUGAGUUGAGCUUCACAAUAGAGCAUCCAGAGCCUAGCCACCUUAUUCCAUCACACCAAGUUAAUAUUGUGUAGUUCUGCUGUUUUAUACUGUCGGCACAAACCUGCAGCUCAGAAUUACCUUUAUUUCUCUUCUUUAUUACUGUCAGCUCUUCAGAGAAACGAGCUGCUAGCAGUGCUGUUAAUUUGCGGUCAUUCCUUUACGAAACUUAACGAUCGUGUUCAUGAACUCAUAAGAUCCUCUGUACUGAGCAGCUGUCUGAUAGCAGACGGCGCAUCGUAAACAAGUUUUACUAAAUAUUGCUCAAUAACAGAAAAAAAUGUAACUUCUAUUAUGAACAUAGAUUAGAAAAAAAACCCUACAAAUUACAAUGAAAUACUGCUACUUCCGGUGGGCGCCGGAAGCCUC